AUGGCUGCACUGGCGAGGGGUGCCUUCGUGGCGGUGGCGUGCAUCCGCGCGGCGUCGGGCCUGAACCUCCGGGCCGAUGCCGACGCCGGCGGCAACCUCUCCUCCGAGGCCCUGGGGGAGAUGAGCAUUGACAUGGCGGCCUGCGCUGCCCAGAUUGGCGCGGAUGACCUGGUCAUGUCCGACCUGGUCCAGGCGGUAGGGAUGGGCAACCACUCCUUGGAUACCGCUGAGGCCUGGCGAGCCUACCAGGACAAGCUGGCAGCUCAGCUGCGAGAGGAUCAUCCGGAGGGCCAGCGGAGCCGCCCAUUCAGGACAUUGGUGGUCUCCGCUGUCCAUGACAAAGAGUGGAUGGUCGAGAUAUUCCAUGCCAACAUGAAGCGGUUGAUGAGCAACAAGGCUGGAGACGUGUUCGAGUUUGCGCUCUUCCACAUUGAUAGCUCGACCGAGGAGUGGAGCAAGCACGAGUGGUACAGGGACGAGACCGGACCGGUGAUGUUGAAGCACCAUGGCGCUGGGUGCAAGCCCCAGUUCUGGGCGCUCAUCACUCCGAAGAUCGCCGCCCAGUACGACUACCUCUGGCUGCUCGACGAGGAUAUCCGCGUCGAUUUCCUGAAUUGGGACUUCUACCGGACGGUCCUCGCGACGUUGGACCCGAUGGUGUCCCAGCCGGUGAUCAUCCCCAAGGCGCCGUACAAGCGAUCCACGGGCGUCACCAGGCUGCGCAUGGCCAUGCCCAGGGAGAGCACCUUCGUGAUGGCCUUCGAGACCCCGCGCAGCGAGGUGCAGGCGCCCGUCAUCUCGACGAAGAUCUGGGCGGCCGUCCACGAGCGGAACAUGGGCAACGACCGCCUCAACGACUGGUACAUCGACGAUUUCUGGGAUGCCGUCGCCUUCCUCGGCGAGGCGAAGUGUAAGAUGACCGGCGUGCUCGCCGUGAACGCCGCGCCCGUGCGCCACAUGGACUGCCACAACCUGUUCAAGGGCACCAAGUGCGUCGAGGGCUGCGGCGCCGGCGACGCGAACUGCAGGGCGGUCAGCGGGAAGGAGGCGCGGCUGGUGCAGGAGGCGCUGGGCGCGGCCGGGUGCGAGGUGUCGGAGGACUGGGCGGAGGAGUGGCCGUGCGACGGCAAGCCGAUCCACGACUGCCACAAUGCCCUCUGGGGCAGGAGCAGGAGGGCGUCCUGGAAGGCGUCGCUCGACGCUUGA